AUGCCGAUUCAAUUACAAUUUGCUAACAGAAUACGAUCUGUUUGUAACACUUUUCGUCACGGUGCCGAUAAAGCAAUAAAAAAACAGAAAAACGAAUCUAUUCAAUUCAAAAGUAUCUUGAAGAAUCUUUACAAAGACAAAUCAAUCUUAAUUACACGGCCUGACAAAGGCAAAGGAAUCGUAAUAAUUGACAAAGAAGAUUACAAUAAUAAGAUGUUGGAAAUUCUUAGUGAUCGUAACACGUUCGAGAUUUUAGAAGUUGAUGAGACUAUAGCGCAAGAAGAUAAAUUGAUACGAAAAUUGAAACAAUUAAGAAACGACGGAUUCAUAACAGAAAAAGAAUUCAAUUUCUGUCGCCCAAGAGGCUCACAGCCAGCACGUGUCUACGGUCUGCCUAAAGUACAUAAAGCAGGAGCAACUCUUCGACCUAUAGUUUCGGCUUCAGGCACUUUCAACUAUAAACUUGCAAAGUUGUUGACCCGCAAAUUGGAUCAUCUUCGAAAAAGCGAUUCAAUCAUCAAAGAUACAUUCACCUUUGUCGACGAACUACGUACGUUAAAAUUUGACAAUUCUCGAAUAAAACUAAUUUCAUUCGACAUCACUAGUUUAUUUACUAAAGUUCCUCUAAAUCGUACCAUACAAUUAAUUCUCGAUAAAAUGUACGGACCGGAACAUACUUGUACAUACAGUGAUCUUAAACGCGAUGACUGGUGUAGUGUUUGCAAGAAUAGAUACGAGAUGAAAUAUCUACUUGAAACAACAACAAAAGAAACCAACUUCAUAUUCAACGAUAACAUCUACUCACAAACCAACGGUAUUGCAAUGGGAUCUCCACUGGGACCUUUGUUUGCUGACAUAUAUGUCAAUUAUCUGGAGGAGAGAUUGUUGCCACGGCUAAAACGAAAUGGUCUGUUGUAUUGGAAGCGCUAUGUUGACGACCCGUUUGCUAUGGUUGAGAAACAUGCCAAUGUUGACAAGAUAGUUGAUAUACUUAACAGUUUCGAUAAUGAUGUAGUAUUCACAUUCGAAGAAGAGAAUCAUAAUUGCCUACCUUUCCUUGACAUACUAGUCACCAGAUUGUCAACUGCAAAUAAUCCUGACACAUCUAUCGAUAAAUCGAUCGAAAAAUUGAAUAGUCGAUCGAAUCUCGAAUUGAAUAACUUGAUUGUGUCAACCGUAGAUGAAUCCGAUAUGUCCAACGAUAACUCGAUUGAAAACUUGAAUAGUCAACCAAAUUGUCAAUUUGAAAAAACAUUAGCAGUUAACUUGAUUGCUCCAUUCGAAGAUCAUUUAGACAUGUUUGAUAUUAAAUCAACAGAACAGCAGACAAUUGAUAAAUCCAUUGCGAAUUCGAAUGCUUUGUCCGAUUGCGAAGUGAACAUAACAUCAGCAGAUAGGUUGAAUUUGCCAACAAAUAGUCAAUCAAAUAAAACCGAUAACAAAUUCACAAGUAGCGUUCGUCGUGCUGACUCACUUCGCCCUCGACUGUGGAAGACAGAUAUACUGUCUGCGUGUGCUAUUAAUGAGGCGAAUCAAUCUAGCAACUUCACCUACGAUGAAACGGUAAAACCUUUUCCGUUCAACUAUUUAUUAACUUUCGCAAAUAAAAUAGUUUAUUGUCUUUGUAAAACAAACGUGAGGAUAUAAAAGGUCUUUAUUUAUUGUGAAUUUAUCACCAGUAACGCUGGUCGGGUACUCGCGCUGAACGCUCGGCUGAUUUUCUUCCCAUUGUACUUUUGUCAUUAGAACUACACAAAAGAUGUAACAACUCUCUCAUCUCGCAGUCGGUCGUCGGCGUCCCUCCGGUCCGCCACUCCCGACUGCUCGAUAUCGCUCAUAGCAUGUACACUUUGUCAAAUGACAGGCGCCUUUCUUCCCCACCAUUCACACACAAUUUAACUGCCUCAACACAAUCAGUAUAAAC